AGUGGGACUGGGAUCUACGUCUAACAUAAACAGAACCCUCAAAAGGCCGAUUAUACUCACAUUAAAGGGGGCAAGCGACCCAUUGACAGCUCUCUGAAGCUCAUGGAUAAGUUCUAUUGCCUUUUCUCCGAACAUGAUUUCCCGAACUCCUCAGAAAGUUGAAUAUUCAUCUAUGAUCUAGUUCCAAAUUCAAAUCAAGGCGCCUUCAUGAUAUUGAUAUGCAAAAUCAGCAGCACAAGCUUUAAGCGCGCCGGUUCGGCGCGGCUGACUAGGCCUAGGGCUAGGCUCGACACUAGCUGGUAAAUUUAUUUGAUGUUCAAGUUUCAACGACGAUUUUCCUAGAACACAAAACCGAUAUCAGCUUGCUGCAUUGCCGUUUUUUUAUUUUUAAUAAUCUAGGUCAAGGUAUGCAUGAUGAUGCAGUCUCCGGUAGAUUUACCCAAGCCCAAUACGGAAAGCAUCCAAGCUCCAGAAAAUAUAGAAUUGAUAUCUGCUCCACAAAUAGACACUACAGACGAACUUUUGAACGCACAGCAACGAAUGUUUGAGAACAUUGCGCUCAGCAAUGCCCACAUCAAAAACCUGCAACGAGACGAUGUAGACCUGUCAUUAAGUGAAAGGGUAAAAAUCCUCUCUGAACAGUUCCAUCACUCUCCUGCAGUAUUCAUUGAAAAGUUCCACCCUUACCUGUGUGAAGACGACCUUGUGUGUUUCGAACCUUCCUCCGAUGUGUACGAGGUGUCGUUUUAUCUCAAGAUGACUAAGAGGAGACUUAGUACUGGAAAUAACUCUGUGGUAGUGAAAAACCGACGGUAUGAAGCACUAAAGAAGCUGGAGAAGGAGGGGACUUAUUUCAGCGAUGAUGAGAUGAGAGCGAGGGAGCCUCUGAUGUAUGAACAGCUCAUUGGACAGUACUUGACAGACGAAGAGCGUGCAGAAACCAGAACAAAGGUUGACAUGACGGACUUAAAGUUUUCAACAAUCCUCAUGACAUUCAUGCAGGACCAGGAAACAAAAGAAUUGUAUAAGAGACAACAAGAUAAAGAAGAAGAGGCAGAAGAAGAAGAAGAAGAAGAUGAUGAUGAUGAUGACGAGAUUGAUGGAGAUAAAAAAGGUCAGUCCACCGCCCUGGCUCAACCCUCACAAAAUUCUGUCGGGAAAGAAGAUGAUGAGGAUGAAGAAGAGGAUGACGAAAUGAUGGAUGAUGAGGAUCAAGAUGGUGCAGUCUUUAGCCCUCGUCAGCCAACUCCUGCCACAGAAGCAGAGAAGCAUCUCUUGAGAGAAGAGUUCCAGAACCUAAUGAGAGAGAGGUUCCUCAGUGGAGGCGAUCAAGACUUUGAUUACGCAGCAGUUGAUAACAAUGAGGAGUACGAUUCCCUCGCGAUCCGUGCGUGGGACGAGGAAGAGAAAUACUUUGAUGAUGAGGACGCAGCCGAUGCUGAUGAAGGACACAGAAUAGAAGAACAAGGAAAUUCAGGUAGAAGUGAUAGGUUCGCAUCAAGGACAGACAAUGAGGAAUUGGAUGAUUACGAAAAGUGGACACCAGAGGAAUCAUCUAUGGAAUAGUAGCAUGCUGAUGUAGCUAUUGGAAAAAAAUGGGACCAACACAUAUCAAAUCAAGUAUUUUCUUGCCUCUACUGCAAGAACUAAGAAAUCAUUUGAGAGGUUAACUUGGUUCAUCUUGGAGGGAUAAUGUAAUUUCUUAAUGAUCAAAUCAGCUUUUAUUUUGGAGAGGGGGGGAUCAUGAGGUGAAGUCAAAGGAUACUGACGUAUGUAUUAAGUUGCCUUGUUCUCCUCAGAAGGGGAGAGCUGUUUCGGGGGUCAACUGCAAUUUGGGUUCAUCAUGCAUAUUGGAGGGACAAUGAUCUCUUAGCAUUUGGAGGUUAAAAUGAGCAGUACUUUCGUAUUUAUUUUGUUUAUACCCUGUACAUGUACUUAUAGUGGCUUGCCCAUUUUACUCCUUGUAAAAUGUGCAUGUUACACCAUACAUAAAACCUAACCUCAAAAACUAAAUAAACCCUGAUCAUUAUCUUAACAUUAUUCCGGACCAAAACUCUAUUGCAAUCCUAACUUUUAAACCUAUGCCCUCUAAGAUAUUAAGACUGAAACAAAUGUUGCAGGAGCAUAUGUUGUGUCAACUGGAAGGGGGGGGGGGGGCUCAUGAUUGAACUUAUGAAACAUGGAAUGGCUUCCAGUCCUGUCAGUCCCUUGAAAAAGAAUUGUGUAUAUAUACAUGUAUAUAUCAUGACAUAUUUUAAUAAAAUAGCUCAUUUAAUGA